AUGACGUUACGCUGCGUAUUAGCUGUUCUGGCACUAGUUGGGGCUACCAUUGCCGGUUCCGAGGUCACCGAACUUAAAGUUGAUGUAGUAAGCGUCCCCGAAGGAUGCACCGUAAAAUCCAAACACGGCGAUAUGCUGACCAUGCACUACACUGGCACGCUCGACGAUGGCCACAAAUUUGACUCGAGUUAUGACCGCGAUCAGCCGUUCACUUUCCAAAUCGGUGUCGGACAGGUGAUCAAGGGCUGGGACCAAGGAUUGCUGGACAUGUGUGUCGGCGAAAAGCGUAAAUUGACCAUUCCAUCAUCGCUGGGUUACGGCGAACGCGGAGCCGGCAACGUUAUCCCUCCCCACGCCACCCUGCAUUUCGAAGUCGAGCUGAUCAACAUUGGCGACUCACCACCAACCACCAACGUCUUCAAAGAAAUCGACGCUGAUGCUGAUAACAUGUUAUCCCGCGAAGAAUUAAGCGAAUACCUGAAAAAACAAAUGGCACCAGCUGAUGGAGGGGAAAUGAGCGAAGAUAUCAAACAAAUGCUCGAAAGCCACGACAAACUAGUCGAGGAGAUCUUCCAACACGAAGACAAAGACAAGGACGGCUUUAUCAGCCACGAGGAAUUCUCCGGGCCGAAGCAUGACGAGCUGUAA